GGGCGGCGGUGGCGGCAGCGGCGGGCGGCUGCUGGCACCGGCUGCGCGAGCAGGUUACCCGCGGUGGAGGUAGCCAGGCCGCCCCAGGGGGGCGAUCGCGAAGGCUAGGGCUCCGGCCCGCCUCGCCCCGAUGCUGCGGUGAGCACUCCAGCUCCGCGCACUUGUCGCCGCGCCCGGCCGGCCCCAGCCCCGAACGAUCCGGCGCUCCCCGCCCCGCCAACCCCGGCCCUACCUGAGGCCGCCGUCGGGGGAGGGGUGUCCCCCCAGCUCUGCGGAGCCGCAUGAACAAUAGGCGGCGGCGGCUCCUGCGGGCGGCGGCAGCCCCGCACCCUAUGGAUCGGCCGCUCCAUGGAGCCCUCCAGAGCGCUUCUCGGCUGCCUGGCGAGCGCCGCUGCUGCCGCCCCGCCGGGGGAGGAUGGAGCCGGGGCUGGGGCCGAGGAGGAGGAAGAAGAGGAGGAGGAGGCGGUGGCGGCCCCCCGGGAGCUGGGCUGCGGCGCGCCGCUGCCCUACUGGACGGCAGUGUUCGAGUACGAGGCGGCGGGCGAGGACGAGCUGACCCUGCGGCUGGGCGACGUGGUGGAGGUGCUGUCCAAGGACUCGCAGGUGUCCGGCGACGAGGGUUGGUGGACCGGGCAGCUGAACCAGCGAGUGGGCAUCUUCCCGAGCAACUACGUGACCCCGCGCAGCGCUUUCUCCAGCCGCUGCCAGCCCUGCGGCGAGGACCCCAGUUGCUACCCGCCCAUUCAGUUGUUAGAGAUUGACUUUGCGGAGCUGACCUUGGAAGAGAUUAUCGGCAUUGGGGGCUUUGGGAAGGUCUAUCGUGCUUUCUGGAUAGGGGAUGAGGUCGCUGUAAAAGCAGCUCGCCAUGAUCCCGACGAGGACAUCAGCCAGACCAUAGAGAACGUCCGCCAGGAGGCCAAGCUCUUUGCCAUGCUGAAGCACCCCAACAUCAUUGCCCUUCGGGGGGUGUGUCUGAAGGAACCCAACCUCUGCUUGGUCAUGGAGUUUGCUCGUGGAGGGCCUUUGAAUAGAGUGUUAUCUGGGAAAAGGAUUCCCCCAGACAUCCUGGUGAACUGGGCCGUGCAGAUUGCCAGAGGGAUGAACUACUUACAUGAUGAGGCGAUUGUCCCCAUCAUCCACCGUGACCUUAAAUCCAGCAACAUACUGAUCCUCCAGAAGGUGGAGAAUGGAGAUCUGAGCAACAAGGUUCUGAAGAUCACUGAUUUCGGCCUGGCUCGGGAAUGGCACCGAACCACCAAGAUGAGCGCAGCCGGGACGUAUGCCUGGAUGGCCCCUGAAGUCAUUCGUGCCUCCAUGUUUUCCAAAGGCAGCGAUGUGUGGAGCUACGGGGUGCUGCUUUGGGAGCUCCUGACUGGUGAGGUGCCCUUCCGGGGAAUCGAUGGCUUAGCAGUCGCUUAUGGAGUGGCCAUGAACAAGCUCGCCCUUCCCAUUCCUUCUACAUGCCCGGAACCUUUUGCCAAACUCAUGGAAGAUUGCUGGAAUCCUGACCCCCAUUCACGCCCAUCUUUCACGAGUAUCCUGGACCAGCUAACUACCAUAGAGGAGUCUGGUUUCUUUGAGAUGCCCAAGGACUCCUUCCACUGCCUGCAGGAUGACUGGAAGCACGAGAUUCAGGAGAUGUUUGACCAACUCAGGGCCAAAGAAAAGGAGCUACGCACCUGGGAAGAGGAGCUGACACGGGCCGCGCUCCAGCAGAAGAACCAGGAGGAGCUGCUGCGGCGCCGGGAGCAGGAGCUGGCUGAGCGGGAGAUCGACAUUCUGGAACGAGAGCUCAACAUCAUCAUCCACCAGUUAUGCCAGGAGAAGCCCCGGGUCAAGAAGCGCAAGGGCAAGUUCAGGAAGAGCCGGCUGAAGCUCAAGGACGGAAAUCGUAUUAGCCUCCCUUCUGCAGACUUCCAGCACAAGUUCACGGUACAGGCCUCGCCCACCAUGGAUAAAAGGAAGAGUCUGAUCAACAGCCGGUCCAGUCCUCCUGCGAGCCCCACCAUCAUCCCUCGCCUUCGCGCCAUCCAGUUGACACCAGGCGAAAGCAGCAAAACCUGGGGCCGGAGCUCUGUGAUCCCCAAGGAAGAGGGGGAGGAGGAGGAGAAGAGGGCCCCCAAGAAGAAGGGGCGGACGUGGGGGCCAAGUACACUUGGUCAGAAGGAAUUUGCCUCAGGAGACGAAGGAUCCCCUCAGAGACGGGAGAAAGCUAAUGGUUUAAGUACCCCAUCAGAGUCUCCACAUUUCCACUUGGGCCUCAAGUCCCUGGUAGAUGGAUAUAAACAGUGGUCGUCCAGUGCCCCCAACCUGGGGAAGGGCCCGAGGAGUAGUCAAGCCCUGCCGGCGUUCACCAGCCUUAUGGAGAUGGAGGACGAAGACAGCGAAGGCCCACGGAGUGGGGAGAGUCAUCUCCCGCCAUCACCCAGCCAGUCCUACCUCUGUAUCCCAUUCCCUCGCGGGGAAGAUGGGGAUGGCCCCCUCAGCGACGGCGGUCACGAGGAGCCCACCCCGGUCAACUCGGCCACCAGUACCCCUCAGCUGACGCCAACCAACAGCCUCAAGCGGGGCGGCCCCCACCACCGCCGCUGCGAGGUGGCUCUGCUCGGCUGCGGGGCCGUCCUCGCCGCCACGGGCCUCGGGUUUGACCUGCUGGAAGCUGGCAAGUGCCAGCUGCCGCCCCCGGAGGAGCCCGAGCCACCAGCCCGGGAGGAGAAGAAGAGGCGCGAGGGGCUCUUCCUGAGAGCCAGCCGGCCCCGCCGCAGCACCAGCCCCCCAUCCCGGAAGCUCUUCAAGAAGGAGGAGCCCGUGCUGUUGCUAGGAGACCCCUCCGCCUCGCUGACGCUGCUGUCUCUCUCCUCCAUCUCCGAGUGCAACUCCACCCGCUCCCUGCUGAGAUCCGACAGCGAUGAGAUCGUGGUGUACGAGAUGCCCGUCAGCCCCGUGGAGGCCCCGGCCCUGAGCCCCUGCACCCGCAACCCCCUGGUCAACGUCCGAGUGGAGCGCUUCAAACGAGACCCGAAGCAGUCCCUGACCCCCACCCACGUCACCCUCACGGCCCCCGCGCAGCCCAGCGCCCACCGGCGGACUCCUUCCGACGGGGCCCUCAAGCCGGCUGCCCCUCCAGCCAGCAGGAGCCCCUCCUCCAGCAAUGGGCUGAGUCCCAGCCCUGGAGCAGGAAUGUUGAAAACCCCCAGCCCCAGCCGAGACCCAGGUGAAUUCCCCCGUCUCCCUGACCCCAAUGUGGUCUUUCCCCCGACCCCAAGGCGCUGGAACACCCAGCAGGACUCUACCUUGGAGAGACCCAAGACCCUGGAGUUUCUGCCUCGGCCACGUCCUUCGGCCAACCGGCAACGGCUGGACCCGUGGUGGUUUGUGUCCCCCAGCCACGCCCGUAGCGCCUCCCCGGCCAACAGCUCCAGCACAGAGACACCCAGCAACCUGGACUCCUGCUUGGCCAGCAGCAGCAGCACUGUGGAGGAGCGGCCGGGCCUGCCAGCCUUGCUCCCCUUCCAGGCGGGGCCGCUGCCGCCCACCGAGCGGACGCUUCUAGACCUGGAUGCGGAGGGCCAGAGUCAGGACAGCACUGUGCCGCUGUGCAGAGCUGAACUGAACACACACCGGCCUGCCCCUUAUGAGAUCCAGCAAGAGUUCUGGUCUUAGCAUGCAAAGGGUUGAGGGCGGGCAAGGGGGGACGCAGGAGGAGAUGGGGAGGGGAGCUGGCUGGCACAGCCCUUUCUCAGAAUUGGACCCCCCAGAGCCUCCCGCCCUACUUCUUGCACUGAUAAUGCACUUUGAAGAUGGAAGGGAUGGAAGCAGGGCCCCUUCAGAAGGCUUCUCACCCUGCAGGGCCCUUCUCCCCAGGUCCGCUGGAGGGGCUGUGGCCAUCAGCUCUGGCUGUGUUGGGGAGGGAGGGGUGCGUGCAUGUCCCCCACCCUCCACAGUCUUCCUCGCCUUCAGGGUGACUGCAGUCACUCAGCCAAAUCUGCCUGCUGCUCCCUCUCUUCAGCCCCCAGGGGGUGCCCUCCUGGGGUCCCUCUGUUAGCCCUGAGUUCAGCCUUCCUCACACACCCAGUAUUGGAUGUUCUCUGAUUGAUUUUGCUCCUCUUCCACGUGCUUUCCUGACACCCAUGAAUGAGAAUCUCGUUUGGUGUGAGAUGUGAGCUUUUCUGCGUCCUAAGCCCUAUGGUGCCGGCUAGAGAAUGGAAGACAGAGUGCCCCUGCGUUGGGCACAGGAAUUGAGGGAGCUGGGACCACCUGCUGCACUUCCAUGCACCCCCACUUCUUUAUUUGAGCCUCCCAGUGGUUCGGGACCUGCCUCGGUGAGAACUGGAAAGAGGAGGGAAUUAGGAAAUACAGUCGAGUUGCAGUAAAGAGGGUAACAAAGUCUGUCUGUCCUCGUUCCUUUCAUAAACACUCAAAAAAGGGCAGAAACCAGCACGUGUUGACAGCACCCAUCUCCUGCUUGGGGGUCCAGAUGUGAUCAGACCCGCUUCUGAAUCAAAUAUGCACCCAUCCCAGGAAUUGCCUGGGGAGGCUCAAUCUCUGGUGUCAGUUCUGAAACCAGAGACAAAGUUCCUGUGUUUGGCCCUUUUGUCAUCUGAUCUGUAUGUGUCUUCCCUUGCCUUGAUCUGCCCUCCAGUCCCUGGAAUUAGUGGAUUUGAGGUUAUGUGUUUGGUGGGGAGGUAUCUCUACCCUGCACCAGAAUAGCAUGUAGAAUUGGGUCCUAGUCACUGGGAGUUGGAGCCAUGGGGCUUCCUGCUCGCCCGUUGUCAUUCUGCAAAGCCCUUAAAGUCAAACGAGCCCUUAGUAGUUCCUUGCGUGAAUGGAUGUGGUGGCUGACGAUACCUGUAAGGUGCCCUGUGAGCCCCUCAUGUACCCUCAUCUUCAAGUGCGAGUGUGGGAGACCGACCAGAGCUUUUUGUCUCCAUGCACAGGUAGCCCCCACUGCGGGACCCCCGACCAUGAGUUGGAUAGGAAGGAACAGAGGCCAAUCCUGGCUUUUCUGGAAUUCAUUUCUGUGGCUUGAAUGUUGAUCUUCUGGAGCUUUCUCUCCUCUCUUCCUCUUACCCUGAGGCUCCCGAGGCAGGUGUGAACAGUUGUCUUUGAGUGGGGAUAAGACAGGAGUAGAGUCCUUAGUUCACGCUCCUCCCGACCCAAGACUCUCUGUGUCACUCCCUCGUCAUUUAUCCUGGGCUGUUUCUCUGCAGGCUUUGGGGGCCCACCUGCAGCUUCCUUGCGUCUGCUGCCCGGGUGCAGGACAGGAGAGCAGCGCUGUUGGCACAAGUGAUGGAUUUGGUCACUGCUCUCUCUGUGACUGCUAGAAGUCCUGCCCUGAGGAUGACAAAAUGCGUGGCCUUGGUUUUCAAGCUGUUCCUUGUUUUACGAGCCCACUGGCAGGCACUUAGGUUCAAGGGCCCCACCUACUUUUGGGCGGGGAGGCACUGUUGGUUUUGUUGCCCAGGGUUCUAUUGUCGCGUCUCAUUUCUGUUUCUUUGUUCAGUGAAGACAGUCCAAAAGAGAUGAUUUUUGCUCCCAACCCCACUCCUUGGCUAGAGGGGGUGGGGUGGGGGGGCGGUGCUUGAAUCUCAUCAGCUCAGCCAACCAAGUGACUGCUCUUCAUCCUCAGAUGGCCUGUGCCCUUUCCGAGGGCUCUCCAUGGCCCCAGGCCCUAAGCCACCUUCACAUCUCUAAACCCUUGGCCCCAGUCUCUGGUCCUCUGGUGGGUGCAGCCUACACUGUAGUCCAGGCCACCCUGGCUCUGGCCAGUGCUCUGGAAUGAGACGAGGAGUCUUAGCUUUUUAGUCAUUUUCUGCUUUUUGUCAUUUUGUCUAGAGUAAACCCUUGCCACUGGCUGGCAGCUUGAACCCAUUUCUUCCUCAUCCGCCUAGGGGAUGACAAGGGAAGGGGGGGGCUCAACUGUGGGAGGAGCUAUACCUACAAGAGGCAGAAGCGGGGUUAUUCUGAAGAUGCUUCUGUGGGCUUCCAUGAUGAUGGAGGACUUUCCAUCUCUCAGCUCCUUCAAACUGGGUCUCUGAGGGGCCCCCAUCUGCCACUCUCUCUCUCUCUGGGGCAAGGCUUGGGUGGGAUAGGAUCCUAUAGAAUAAGGUUUGGGUUGCCCCCCUUUUCCCUUUCCUCAGACACUUUCCACUGCUCUUGGCAGAUGCUCCUUCAUGGAAGAUGGUGAUGGGAAACAGAUACUGCUCUCUGCCCCUCUGGCUUCUUCAGUUCAUUCCACUGAUUCUACAUAGGAUUGUCCUCUGUCCUUGAGGAUCCAGGUCACUGCCAGGGGCUGAAUAGAUGUCCCAGUUAUUUUAAUAUGUUACGUCUAAAAGGCUUUGAAGGAUGCCCUUAGCUUCACAUCCUUUAGUAUCAGGAGCGUCUAUUGUGAUGAUGAUGGUGAUGGUACCUGACAUUUGGAUGACUCAGAAUAGGGCUAACCCUUCCUCCUAACCUUUACAAAAGUACGUUAUUUGCCUUCUACCUUUGAUAUACUUGGUGGUAGAGAAGGGGAAAUGCUUAAAGAUGAAGAUCCAAGUGAAGAGAAGUUAAUAAGCUGCUUGGACUGAUGGCUGAGUUGGGCACCCAGCUCUAAGACUGAAUGCAUUGGCUCUGUUCUCUGUUCUGCUUUUGCUGUCUGACCUCGGACUUGUCUCUCAGUCCCUCUCAGAUUUCCUUCCUGUAAGAGCAGCCGUCACCUGCUUCCCUCACAAGGGCAAAAAAAGCAUGUAUCAGAGCAGGUCCGAGAAGCCGUGGCUCCCGGCCAGCAAACAGGACAAACUGCUGAAGUUGACGGUGCGGCCCCCACCACCUUUGCCUCUGGGGGACUUGCCUACUUCCUCUGGCUUCUGGAAGAGGCAAGAUUUGGAGUUGGCCUAAUGACUAAUGGGGACCGUGGUCAGGCAUGUGCUUUUCUACUGUAUUUAUAUGGCACCUGGUGUUUACAAGCACCACUCCUAAUUGCCCAUUUAAGUCGUUAGGCUGAUCAUCGCUGUCCUGAGUGUCUUAUGGAGCAGGAAGUGGGUGACAGGGAGCUGGAAGCAGCACCCAAAUGACGAUUCGGGGCCUCUUGUUUCUUGGAGUCAUUUCCCGGAGUCUGAUGUGUUUUGAGGCAGGAAUCAGGCCAGCUCCUGAAACAAUCUUUAGGAAAGGGUCUGCUGGCCCAUGGGACACAUGUCAUGGUGGGGACUUCAUCACAAAGCUGCUUUUCCCUCAGGACACAAGUCACCCCAAGAGCAUCUAGGCCUGAUACCGUGUCAGCAUUCUUGCUCACAGCCCCCCGUGGGAGACUCCUUCCCGCCCCCUCCCCUAGAAGGAAGGAACCCCAUCUUGAGCCUUCCUAACUCUUCAAAGUACAGAGCAGCGGGUAUUAAAGGAUGGCUGUGAGUGGUACACUGCGGGGUUGGUAUGUCCGUGCGGGUGGGGCAGGCCCUGCUGUGAAUGCAGAACCUUGACGAUUUCCACACAUGUCUCAGUUAGCCCACCUCUUUGACUCAGGCGUGUGAGGGCAGGUCAGAAACACUGUUGUCUCUUAAAGAAUUUUGGGGAGGGGGCAGGUGCUGCCGCUUCUGUAGUGCCAGGCUCUUGUGAGGUCUCUGCCAGAGACUGUGGACUGGGGUCGGGAGAGAGCCGCCCAUGGUGCCUUGUAAGGGAACGGGGCAGCAGGAAACUGGUGAUCAGAGCUACCCACCCACUAGUGUGAUGUCACACAAGUCUCUCCCUCUCUCUCUCUGAGCCCAGCUGUGAGCCCAGGGUGGUGCUGCCUUCCCCACCUGUAGCAUAGGACCUUUCUAGCUUGAAAGUCUGUAGUCCCAGGGCCCCUCCUCCAGCACUGAUAAGCCCCCCCUGGCUGGGUUGCUUCCCUUUGUAGAGGACUGUGUGUGUGUGUGUGUGUGUGUGUGUGUGUGUGUGUGUAAGUCAAAUAUUGGCAGUCUCAUGUGGCUUGACUGAUUAGACCACCUGCUUCUCUCCUUGGCUUCAGGCCUGAGAUGCCUUCUUGUCAAGUCACAGUUAUUAUGAGGAACACAUUCCCAAAUGUCUCUCUUUGGUCAGACGUAUCAUUGUUUUCUUAGAUCAGGAAUUCAAAUGAGUAAAACUCCACAUCAGAAGGGGAAACCCUCUACUGCUUCUGGGGAGGCCUCAUUCCCUGGCUAUGCCCUGGCCUUGCUGCCCAGCACCCACCACUGCAGUCACUGGCGUUGGAAGGGCAGGAGGCAGAAACUGGAGUCCUGGCUGAUUAAGGCUAAUUAAUGGGGGGUGGGGGUAGGUGUCUAAUUAGCCUGACCUGGCCCUGCGCUUCUGGAUGGCCCUAUGGCCCGGGUGAGCCUCACAUUCGCUUAGAUUAUUUUCCAUUUGUCCUGAUGCACUAUAGACAGGCUUCACCCCCUCCUUUGUCCAUUUCAGAUCUUGGGCCCUAGGGGAGCACCCUGGCCUCCAGAGGCUGCUCAGGGAGCCGUGAUUUGUUCUUCUGAAGGUUGGGCUACUCCAUGGUCUGGAGCCAGUAGGAUUGGCCCUUCCUGAUUUUUCUUGGCUGUGGUUCUCUGCAUCUCCCGCCCGUGGCCUGGCUUUGGGUCUUCCACUCAUCACCACAGCUGGAAAUAGAGAAGCGUCUCAGGGCCCAGCUGUUGGCAGAGCCAGGAGCUUGUCUGCUCCUCUCUUUGUUUCUUUUGGAAACAGACUUGCCUUUCCCCUGACCCAGUCUCCCUCCUGACUGGUCUGAUCCACCCUCCCCGCAAACACCCACAAUCUAGUUUUACCUGCCUGAUGGGCAGGCGUGAACCUGGCAACUAGAUAGGAAUCUCAGGACGGACACCAGAGUACAGUGCCAGAGGCUCAGAGACAGGCCUUUCCUGUUGGAUUGUGUUGGGUAGAUGUCCAGGAAAUCAGAACCCAGAGGUCAGAUUGGUUUAUCUAGAAGGGUCCUGGUGGAUGAUGGCCCCACGGAGAUAGUGGUCUUUCUCUACACUUCCUGAAGUCUAAAACCAAGUUUCAUAAGUAUUGGGUUAGCCAAAAAGUUAGUUAGGAUUUUUCUGUAAAAUACAGAAAAUGCAAAGGAACUUUCUGGCCAGUCCAAUAACCUGUUGCCCGUGUUCCUGAAAUCCUUCACCUCUAACUACUUGCUUUGAGAGAGAUGGCAUUUAAGAAAAUUCUGAUCUUAUGUUCAUCAUGAAUUUUUCAUUCAUUUCAAUUUUUAAAAGUACUGCCUUGAAAUAUGAUUCAUCUGGAUAGCAGAGGGAUUUUUUGGUGUUUUUUGUGACCCCCUUAAAUCUUACAUCCAAGGCGAGUUGCCUCACCUUACUCUGAUCUCAGCUCUGCCUGCCCCUCACCUGAACAUGCUGAGGGCAGAGCUGUGAGGCAGGCUCAGGUCUUUUCUGGGCUUCCUUCCUUUCAGGUUCUGAGCUGGGUGGUGACCCUGGGAGUGUUUGCAUAGGAAUGUGUUGACUUAAUAGCAGUGAAACACCAAGGGCAGUUUUCAGCCUUGGACCUGUGGCUGGGGUGACUUUUCCUGGAUGGCCCCUAGCUGCUUGUCAGCCUCUCUGAAACCCUGAGGCCGCUUAGAGGAGUGCAUGUGUAAAGGGAAGGGAUUAUAGUGGGAAGGAUGCUUUAGAGUCUCCAUCUGAAAACUCUGGGACAUCUCUGAACCUGCAGAGAAGUGAAUAAACCAUUUUCCCACUUCCAGAAAGGACCAAAAUGGACAGAGACAUUUUUAUUCCCUUCCACAGGCACUCUACUGCCUGGCCCUCAGUGACCUUCAUAAUGUCAGCCAUCACGUCACCUCCAUCGGUAUCCUUUUCGCUACCGUUUUUAUUCUCUGUCAUCUUUAUUUUACUCUCAUCAUUUAUCCUUCCCUCCAGUUCCAGAGGCCAUGCUGGCUAUGGCUCUUUGCUUCAUCACUGUCAGAAUGAGGCAUGGGUUCAUCCUGGUCUGGGUAUGAGGACUAACAAUAAAUUAUAUGAAACCAUUGUAUUUCUUCUAGGUGAGUGGUGCUGUUCUGAAAGUGUCUAUUCUUUUCUUCCUUUUUGACUCACUUACCCUGGGCGUGGGGUGGGAGUAUAUUACCUCCAGCUAAGAAUGUGGAAACCGAGGCUCAGAUGGUUAUAGGCCCAAGGUCACACAGCUAGGAGUGUUGCUGAUCUGUUGGCUCCAAAGUCAUCUCUUGUUUUCUGCUGAGCACAUUUUAGGCCACUGUUUAGACACUCUGGGGUAAAGUUAGCCUAGCUUAGGUCCGCCAUGGCUCUGAGAUGGUUCUCUAUCCAAGGAGGAGUUGUCCUGUGACUAAUCUACCACCAGCCUCUGAGACUGGAGACACCCAACAGGGCUUGCAAUCUCCUUGGAGCUCAGCUGACCUCCUCUCUGCACCUGCUACUUUCUUCUCCAUCGUUUCCUCUUUAUGAUUGUGCAGGGGGUGUCGAAUACGUCAAUUGCGUAGCUCCUCUCCCAGCAUCACCGAAGACCUGUGGGCUCUCGCUUCUCUUUCCAGCCCACAGUUGCCCCAUGACUGACCACUCUUUACCGCAGCUUCGACCCACAUCCCUCUGGGCCUCUCGAAUUUGGAAGCCUUAUUGUAGCUCCUCUUGGGAACUUGAAAUCAGGCUUUUGUCUUUUUAUCGUAUCAAAUCACGUGCCCUUGUUACCCAGUUGUGGCAAAGAAGGAAGGUGAUGAACUUGUCUACUUCUUCCUCUAAUCUUCCUUACUACCCACGCUAAACACACACACUCAUGCUCACACAGUCACACUCACACUCGCACACAUGUUCACACACACAUACACGCAGAUUUAGUCUGAGACUGUAUCAGUAUUUUCUAGGGAGGUUAAGGAAAGGAGCUGGAGAUGGGUUUUAUUUAACUCAUAGAAAACCUUUCUUUGGGAUUUUCCUCCCCGUUAGAGCCUUUGCGUCCAGGUAAAAUGGAAGUUCACAUACCCUGCUGGUUUUGUUCCUGUGUGUGUAGCUCCUAAUUUUCAUUUCCAGGCCUUCCCUGCUCCAGUGUCCUUUCCUUGUGUGCUGACCCUGUGUCCUUGAAUUCCCAUUUCGCUUUGGGAUUUAAGUUAUUGUAAUUUGUCAACAAUAUUUAAAAAUAGAAAAGUCCUGAAGGAAACUUAUCAGGUUCUUUUCUUUGGCUUUUUUUUUUUUUCAAGGUACUGUAAAUUGUUAACUAGGGAUGCCAAGCAGGCUUGGUUCAAUGGCUAAACCUCUUAUCGUAUUACAGCGUAAGGCUGAUCUCAGCCUGGUCUCACCACCAGAGCACACAGACUUGAAUAAAACUGUUACAAUCAUGA